CAUUAUCAAUAAACGCGAAAUUAUCGCGUGUCGUUGAUAACAGUUGGCGUUACGUCACUGUAAAUAGCCCCCACGUCGCGGCAAACCCCACUACGGCCCCUCGGGUCAUUGACGUCGAACCUGUCAAAGUGACGUUUCGUAAUGUCAGUCCAAAUUGUCAAACUUUAACUUAAAUUCGAAAAAUAUGGGUAACGUCGACACGAAAUUGAAUUUCCGCAAAGCGGUGGUGCAACUGACGUCCAAAUCAGAGCCCAUUGAUGCGAAUGACGACUCGUUUUGGGAGCAAUUCUGGUCCGAGAACGUUACAAACGUCCAAGACAUAUUCACUCUAGUGCCUGCGGCCGAAAUCCGGGCGCUCCGCGAAGACGCGCCGUCGAAUCUCGCCACCUUAUGCUACAAAGCGGUGGAGAAGUUAGUCAAGGCUGUUGAUAGUAGUUGUAGGACGCAGCACGAGCAACAAACCGUAUUGAAUUGUGCGCGCUUGCUGACGCGGAUCUUGCCGUAUAUUUUUGAGGACCCCGAGUGGCGGGGAUUUUUCUGGUCGUCGCUGCCCAGCCAAGGGGAGGACGAGGAUGAGUCGGUGCCGUUGGCACAGUCGUUGCUAAACGCCGUUUGUGACUUGCUAUUCUGCCCGGAUUUUACGGUGGUAGCGAGCCGAAAAAGUGGCCCUGAUAAAGCCGAGGAAUUGUCGGCGAUUGAUAGCUGCGAGUACAUAUGGGAGGCCGGGGUCGGGUUUGCGCACUCGCCCCCACGCAGCCCCGUGCUUGACUCCAACCGAACUGAGCUACUUAAACUACUGUUGACUUGCUUUAGCGAGACUAUGUAUCAGCCCCCGACCGACAUUUCGCAAAAUCCCAACAAAUGGAUAGCUCAUUUGACUUCGUCUGAAAACCGGCAUGCUCUACCCAUGUUUACCUCGCUUUUGAAUACAGUCUGUGCUUAUGACCCCGUGGGCUUGGGGGUGCCUUACAACCACCUACUUUUCAAUGAUUCGCUUGAGCCAUUGGUUGAAGCCGCUUUGCAGAUUUUGAUUGUGACGCUGGAUCACGAUACGAGUUCGUCAAGUCCGGCAGAGGGCGAAGAUAGUACGGUCCCCGAUAAUCUCUUUAUUAAUUACCUCUCGCGGAUACACCGCGACGAAGACUUCGAAUUUAUUCUUACCGGUGUUACAAGAUUGUUGAAUAACCCUUUAGUACAGACGUACUUGCCGAAUUCGACCAAGAAAGUGCACUUUCAUCAGGAGUUGUUGGUGUUUUUUUGGAAAAUGUGCGAUUAUAACAAGAAGUUUUUGUAUUUUGUGUUGAAAAGUAGCGACGUUUUGGAAGUACUGGUGCCUAUUCUCUAUCAUCUCAACGAUUCGAGAGCCGAUCAGUCUAGGGUAGGCCUGAUGCACAUAGGAGUAUUUAUUUUGCUUUUAUUGAGCGGAGAGCGAAAUUUCGGCGUUCGCCUCAACAAACCUUACACCGCAACAAUUCCAAUGGACAUUCCCGUCUUUACCGGCACACAUGCCGACCUUCUCAUCAUAGUUUUUCACAAAAUAAUAACCACCGGCCACCAAAGACUUCAACCACUAUUCGAUUGCCUUCUCACAAUUCUAGUCAAUGUAUCUCCAUACUUGAAAACCCUCUCAAUGGUCGCAAGCACGAAGCUUUUGCACCUUUUAGAAGCUUUCAGUACACCUUGGUUCCUCUUUUCCUCCUCGACCAAUCACCACCUAGUCUUUUUCCUUCUGGAAAUCUUCAACAACAUAAUCCAGUACCAAUUCGACGGUAACUCGAACCUGGUGUAUACCAUAAUCCGGAAACGCCAAGUGUUCCACAAUCUGGCAAACCUGCCAAGUGAUUAUGGCACCAUUGCAAAAUCGCUAAACAAACGAACGCGAAGUCGCAUGUCGUCGACGACGAGUCACGAAAACGUGGCCGAGUUGGCCAUGGAAGGGUCGCAUCCGGCACUUCCGGCAGAACCCGGAACGUUGAAAGCCACACUUCCGGACACGCCCGGAAUCGGCCAAAUGACCGAAAAGGAACCGGCACACCCCUCGUACCAAAACGAACAAUUGUUGACCAAUGGCAUGGCGUCGAUUACUAUGAACACGCCCACGGCGAGCACGCCCGAAGAACCGACCAAUGAUAACAGUGAGCAGAAGUUGAGUCGCAGUCCGUCGCGCCAAUCCGUGGCCACGAGAAACAGUUUGCGGGUCUCCGCCUCCGGGGAUAAGAACCCCGCCCAUUGGACGCCCACCGGCGAAUGGGUGCACUCGUGGAAGUCCAAACUGCCCCUCCAGACCAUCAUGCGGCUAUUGCAGGUCUUGGUGCCGCAAGUUGAGAAAAUUUGCAUCGAUAAAGGCCUAACUGACGAAAGCGAAAUUUUGAAAUUCCUGCAACAUGGAACUUUGGUGGGGCUGUUACCGGUGCCGCACCCUAUUCUCAUACGAAAGUAUCAGGCGAAUUCGGGGACGACCACCUGGUUUAGGACGUACAUGUGGGGCGUGAUUUAUUUGAGGAAUGUCGAUCCGCCGGUUUGGUACGACACCGACGUAAAACUAUUUGAGAUUCAGCGAAUCUAAACGUAAUCAAAAUAUUACCUAAUUUAUUUUUUUAUUUAUUUAGAUCGAUUUUUCCAUAUUUAUGUAAAUGUGCAUUUAAUAUUAAGACUGUUUACAAAUGGCUUUUAAAUGUACUUUUAAUGUAGUUACCGUUGUUUAUCUUGUGAUCAGUUCAAUUUUUAAGUGGUUGGUAUCACCUGGGCAAGGCUGGGAAAUAUACGUUGGAAAUAACUUUAUAUGUCGCAGUUUUGACCGACUUUACACCAAGAUCACUUAUUUUAAUCCUUUACUGUUGAAGCUUUUGUAACAAGAAAAAAAAUUGAAGCUAUUUGUGUUUCGUUUUUGUAGAAAUUUAUUUUCAAAUGUAUACGUUUGUUACAGUGUAUAACGGAUUAAAUAAAUAAAUGACUAUAUUCAAA